GUGAUAGGUACUAAACUAUUGCAGGUCGUUUCACGGCAGCUUGCUGGGCAUUAAAAUAGAGGAGUGCUGAACGGGCGAGAAUGUUUUGGUUAAAUGUGAUUGAUUUAAUUUAUUUGAAGUGUGGAUGCAUCACCAACACAAUAUUUUAAAGCAUAGUGGCGAAUGCGUAGUACAAGCGCGCUCCUCUAUUUCAAUACAAGGGGGUCGUUGAAAAGAGUGCUGAAUUCACAUCCGAUGUCUGUCAGAAGUUCAGUCUGAAUAAGAUGACGCAUCUUUGCAGCUCUGAUUGAGAGAUUUUUCUUUGGCUCGAUUAAAUUAAGCGGGUCAUAUGAUUUAGUUUUGGAGAAGAGUCUAACGUGUAACUCCACGAGUGUCGGCAGUGUCGGGCGUCGCUCCGUUGGAGCAGAGCAGAGCAGCGCAGCAUCCACUCCCCGAGUCAGAAAGCACAUCAGUACGGGACUGAAGGCAAGAGGGAGAACUCUACGACACGGCUCUGGCGGAGCCAUGGGCUCAACACCGGUGGCAGCCCGCCCCCACCUCCUAAUGCUUUACCUGCUCCUUUCCUUGGCGGCAGGCUUUGGAAGUCAUCCCACUGAGGGAUCUGCAGCAACGGGGCAGACUGACCUUCAUGCACCAAGCCAGUUGGAAGCUCACCUACCAGAAGAGAUUGCUGUUGAUGAGACGGAAUCAGUGACAUUGGAGAGUGACUCCAUGCACCACCAUGAACAUCUUCCAUUUCCAAUGUCAGACAUCACUCCAUCAGACUCCUCUGACAUGGCUUGGCUCUUCACAUCCUGUGGGGCAAGUGGUCCAAACGGCCCCACCCAGGCGCAGUGCAACAAUGCCUACCGUCACUCGAACGUCUCCGUGGGGAUCGAGCCAGAAGGGCCUCUCAAGGGCAUCCAGAUGUGGCGAGUGCCAGCAACCAACAAAUAUGUUCUGUUCGCUUAUGGAGCAGCAGGGGGCAAAGGUGCCCGGAACAGCAACAAGAGGUCACAUGGGAUCAUCAUUUCAGCCAUCUUUCAUCUGAAGAAGGAUGAACUUCUUUAUAUCCUCAUUGGACAGCAAGGAGAGGACGCUUGCCCUGGGAAAGACCAAGUGACUCAGAAGAUCUGCUUGGGAGAAUCUUCCAUCAUUGAAGAUGACUACAACAAUAAUAAAGCCAUGUUAGAAUGGGCAGGAGGUGGAGGUGGAGGUGGUGGAGCAACAUACAUUUUUAAGAUGGAGAAUGGCAUCCAAGUGCCAUUGCUCAUUGCGGCAGGUGGGGGAGGAAAGGCGUACCUGGAAGACCCAAAUUACUCGAUGGAUGUCCAUCGAAUGGAACAAUAUGAAAAUGAUACAUCAGUGCCUGGAUACAAUGGCCAAGUAGGGGCAGCAGGCGGAGGCGGAGGUUGGAAUGACGUCACAAAGUUUCCCUGGUCAGGAAAGUCUCUGGUGGAAGGUGCGAGUGGGGGCAGUGCGUGCCCCCGGGCAUUGGAGAAACUGGGGUGGGCAACACAUGGUGGAUUUGGAGGGGGUGGUGGAGCUUGUACGUCUGGAGGAGGAGGUGGUGGAUACACAGGUGGGAAUGCAUCAAAAACUGAUCACAUUAGCGCUGAUGGCCAUGACGGAAUUUCAUUUGUUAAUCAAGCUGGAGAGCUUUACCUCCUCCCAUUAGCAGCAAUGGAAAGCCAUGGAGAAGCUGAAAUUCAGAUCCAUAUCAACUGCAGCCACUGUGAGUCGGACAACUGCAUAUGGGAGAGAAAGUCAAAGAUGAUACUGUGUCUGUGCCAGGCUGGCAAAAUUUUAGCCCAGGAUAACGUUAGCUGCACAGUUCCUGGAGGCAUCAUUCCAGAAGGCCAUCUUCCUUCCUCCCUAAUAAUUGCCGUGGUUACGUCCACCAUUGUUACUGGAGUAGUUCUAACCUGUGCUGGACUUGCUCUCAUUCACUAUCGUAAGAACAACAGGCUGGCGGCGGUGAGGGUGAAGCUGCAGAGCUCGGAGUACAAGCUGAGCAAGAUCAGGACUUCAACCAUCAUGACGGAUUACAACCCGAACUACUGCUUUGCGGGCAAGGUGGCAUCACUCAACGAACUCAGGGAGGUACCCAGGAGGAACAUCUCCUUGCUGAGGGCCCUUGGUCAUGGUGCUUUUGGUGAGGUGUAUGAGGGCCAUGUGGUUGGAAUUGGUGGUGAAUCAGCCCCUUUACAAGUGGCGAUCAAGACUCUGCCAGAAAUCUGUUCCGAGCAGGAUGAAAUGGAUUUCCUGAUGGAGGCUUUAAUUAUCAGCAAGUUUAACCACCAGAAUAUUGUCCAGUGUAUCGGUGUGAGUCUUCAAGCCUUGCCUCGAUUUAUCCUACUGGAACUGAUGUCUGCAGGAGACAUGAAGACUUUUCUCAGAGAAAACAGGCCUAAAGCUGUCAGCACAAAAGCACACACAUCUACAAUGACAAUGCUGGACCUUCUGAGCAUGGCCAAGGAUAUAGCUUGCGGCUGCAAAUACCUGGAAGACAACCAUUUCAUUCACAGGGACAUUGCAGCUAGGAAUUGUUUAUUAACCUGCACUGGACCCAAGCGAGCAGCUAAAAUUGGAGACUUCGGGAUGGCUCGAGACAUUUACAGGGCGAGUUACUACAGGAAAGGUGGGCGCGCAAUGCUGCCAGUCAAGUGGAUGCCUCCAGAAGCUUUCCUUGAAGGAAUCUUCACUUCAAAGACAGACACCUGGUCAUUUGGGGUGUUGCUAUGGGAGAUCUUAUCACUUGGAUACAUGCCCUAUCCCUGCAAGAGCAAUCAGGAAGUUUUGGAGUUUGUGACAAAUGGUGGAAGGAUGGAUCCCCCUAAGAACUGUCCAGGACCUGUAUAUCGUAUCAUGACCCAGUGCUGGCAGCAUUCACCUGAACAUCGGCCAGAUUUCUCCACUAUUUUGGAAAGAAUUAACUACUGUACCCAGGAUCCGGACAUUGUGAACACACUCCUCCCUGUUGAGAAUGAGCCUUCCUGCGAAGAAGAAGGAGGUACAGUGAUGCGGCCUGACAGCUCCAGCGGUCUGACUCCCCUGAAGGUCGAUACAAACCUUGCGCCUCAAAUUACCUGUCAGGUGCCCGAGUUUCUGCACGCUGGGGCAAAGCUUCAGUGCCCUCGGGAGCCAUUGAAGAGAGGCAACUUUGGUGGCAGCGUGGAGACGGGCUCGCUUGGCCGCGAUUGGCAUUGCCAGGAUCCCGAGGCCAAUACCCGCCCCGAUGCUAAGCCUCGGCGAGGGCAGAUGCUACAGAACCACUCCAAAACCCUCUGGAACCCCACUUACGGCUCCUGGAUCUCCGAGAGCUUCAGCCAAGCCGCGGCGGUGGAAGGGGCUGGGAAGCCCCCUGCCUCCCCCGAGCAUGAUGACUCGGGAUUGGAUUGCAACGGCAGCUCGCCGCCCAGCUCUCGGGAGUCGCCCUCCCCUAUCGGUCACUAUACACCCCUGGAGAUAGGCGGGCUGGCGCUGGCCAAGCUGCAGAGCUUCCCAUGCGGAAACAUAAACUAUGCUUAUGACAGUCUGGGCUGCGACGCUGAUGGGGAGCGACUCUCAACUGAAGCCAGUGACGAGAAUGGUCCAAAGCAGAAGACCCUGCCCCUGAAUAAAGAGAUGGAUUGUCUUAGCAACCCGGAGAAGAUGACAAGAGAUCGCGACUCGGGCCUCUCACUGUCUGAGGACCUCAGCAUCACCCCCGUGUAGAAGCCAACCCAUGUGUGCAACGUUGCAUGAAUUAGCCAAGUUCGGCCUGAAUGUUGAAGUAAAAUAUACCAUUUCCAUUGACCACUGCACUCAGAUUAUCAAGUAGCCGCCUUACGUCAAUCUUCAAGAUAAGAUUGAAAGGCUGUUAGGUCGCUAGUCAGAAAACUGCAUAUUUGUUUUACUGCUGAGAGCUUGCUGGACUCUGCGGUCAUCGCUUACUGGCACUUAAGAGACUUUUCCCGCGGAUCUCGUCGACGAAUAUGGGACACGCUAUGUAUCGCCGCAUCGGACCGGCGAAGUAAUUUCACACAGCGGAGAGGAGCAGUUGAAAACUGAAGUUAAGCAUGAGUCUCGACAGUCUGAAGUCUACAGCGACCUCCAAAAUAUAAGAUCAGAUGUGGGAUCGAACUCUUAAACCCCGCAUCUUUAGGAGUUACUAAUACAGACUGGAAUUACAUUUCCAACAUUCUGCCUAGUAUUGUAUCUUAUCCAAUUUAAUUCCCAACUACAAACACCUGUUUCGAAGUAGUGUUCUUAAAUUAACUGAGAUGCAUGUCUCGGGCUUUCGGAUUUAGAUGCAGUUAGUGAGUCAUUGACUGUCUGCGGUAAACAUUCGUCAAAAUAUUUUUUGAUUAAAAAGCACGUAUUAACGCGCGUGAAAUGAAGACAGGAAGUACAAUAAUUUGAGAUGAUCGGGUCGGGAACGGAAGCAAGUGUUUUUACUGUUUCUGAAACAAAGUGUAACCCGCUUAUCGUUCUGUCAAAUGCUUGCAGGGGUUCCCAAUCCAGGGUCCGCGGACCCUUGGCUUAAUGGUAUUGGCCCAUGGCAUAAAAAACGUUGGGACCUCCUGCCUUAAAGCCUCAUCUUGAAAAUUUAUUUCUGAUUUUUCGGUAGAAGGCACUCUUUAUCUUGAAACGGGAAAUGAAUCUGUGAGGACUAUUUGACUCAACAUUUGCGGCUUUGUAAAUGAGGGCUUCUUUAAUCUUCCUUUCACACACGUCCUCAUGAAAGAAGAGUUUACAGUAUAUGAAAACGUUGACUUCACAUUGCACAGCCGCGUCUCCCACUAGGGGGGCAAUGUCGAACGGAAGGGCGCAAUUUUAUUUUCCGGAGUCUAUGGGAAGGGUUUCGACCUGAAUAAUCGCCCGCCCAUUUCCCUCCGUAGAUUCUGCCGGACGCACUGGGUUCCACCAGCGCUUUGUGUGUUGUCCAGAUCAUCAGCACCUGCGGUCAAUGAUGUCUCGAUUAUAUUUUCACUGUUUUACAUACGCCUUGCUGCUUCGCUAAAGAGGGAUUGGAGCACAUGAACAACGAAUUGGAAUGGGUCAUUCACCUGGUAACCAACAGAAUUCAAGAGAACGUUUAAAGAGUAAAUACGGCAACAUUGAAGCUGAACACCGAAACAGGAAGGCUCCGAAUAAGGUUUUUUUGCAGGACAAACAAUUGGGAUCAUUUGCAACGAAUUUUUAUUCAAAGUGUUUGAACUGGAUCAGCAAAUAUUUAUUUUGUGGUAACACACGCAAAAAAUGCUGGUGAACGCAGC